AUGGCUACUACAAAUUUAGCUCUCAGGCCAGCGGUGUCUGCGCCAACCUCGAAGACACCUGCUUAUAACUAUGCUGCUAUGAUGGCAGAAUUGCUACCUCACAGCAACGAACUUGAGUCUCAAGAAGAAACACACAAUACCUGGACUAUUGAAGAUUGGGGCAGUUUACAAAAGAAAGAGCUUGGUAAACCAUUUCAGUGUGGAAGCGGUUCUUGGCAAAUACUUCUAUAUCCCCAAGGAAACAAUGUCGACAAAGUAUCCAUUUAUUUUCAGCGGUACAUCGACACUAGCUUGCCCUUGAAAGACUGGCACGCUUGUAUUCAAUUUGCUCUGGUUCUUUGGGAUCCAAAAAAUCCCUCAAAAUAUGUUUCCCAUGCUGCCGCCCAUCGAUUCAAUGCUGACGAGCCAGAUUGGGGGUUUACAAGAUUUUGCGAACGUAAAAAAGAAUCGACAGCGCUGGAAGGGGCCAACUCUCCCUUUUUAGGUACAGACGGAGUCAAGAUUACUGCCUAUGUCCGAGUCAUCAAGGACCCAAGUGGCUUAUUAUGGCAUAACUUUAAUAAAUAUGACUCCAAAAGUGUAACGGGAAUGGUUGGUAUGAAGAAUCUAGGAGCUACUGACUACCUAAGCUGUGUUAUUCAGAACUUAUACCAUAUUGCAUUAUUUAGAAAGACAAUAUAUCAAGCACCCACGGCUAUUGUUGAGCCAACGGACAAGGCUUGGGCACUGCAGCGUGUCUUUUGUUCUCUCCAGAAGGAGUCAUCAGCAGUUUCUCCAGCAAAACUUACAGACUCCUUUGGCUGGAGAGCAAUGCAACUUUUCGAACCACAGGAUGCGCAGGAGUUCUUAACAUUACUUCUCGAUAGUGUUGCGGAAAGGCUCAAGAUUACCCCAUGCCGUGAUGCCUUUAAGAAUCUGUUCACUAUCAAAAGCAGAACUAAUUACUCCUGUGUCAAAGUCGCCUGUAAAUGGUUCAUGGAAGAGGAAUCCAUGCAUAUACGGCUAAAUGUUCGGAAGUGCCGGACGCUAAUUGAUAGUUUUAAAGAUUACACGUCGUCUGAGCUCAUCAAAAACUACAUGACUGGUGGCAUAGUCGGAGAGCAAGAUGUAACAAGGCAUACCUCAUUCGAUCACCUUCCCUCCGUUCUCCCCAUCUACUUGAACCGGGUGGAAUUCGAUAUCAAAGCUAAUGUGUUGAGAAAGUUGACGGACUAUCAUGAAUUUCCAGAAGAAAUUGAUAUGUCAAAAUAUCUUUCAGAUGAAACGGAUAGGUCUGAGCUGUGGAACUAUAUUCUCUUUGGUGUCGUUGUCCAUGCAAGUGGCCGGUCUAAUGCCCACUAUUAUACAUUUAUCAGACCAAAGCCUGAAGGACAUUUCUACAAGUUUGACGACGACAGAGUUACUCUAGCUACUAUGAAAGAGGCGAUGAAUGAUAAUUUUGGGGUUUCAGAUACCAAAACGCAGGCGCCUAUCAAAGUUCUAGAGCCUUACUAUACUGCAAACAAAUAUCAGGAGAAAACAGCUACCAUGCUAAUAUAUAUACGCAAAUCUGAGGCCAAUAUUAUCUUAGCGGACGUUUUGCAAAGUGAUAUCCCUGAAAGAAUUCAUCCUUCGCCUUUUACGCCCCAACAGCAAGAUAAUCUAAUGGAGCUCUACAGUUCCAGCUUGAUCAAGGAGGGAGCAGAGGCAAUUAAUGCUCAGAAGAAGGAACUCAAGGCUCAUUCUACCGCUGGUAGCGAUAUGAGUAUUAGACUCUUCUCUGUGAACGACUUCCAUAACUACCGUGGGUUUGACUUGAUGCCCAGUGCUUCGAGUGACUCAAAGCCUGCCAGUCCGCUAUCGUACGAUCGUAUCCCAGAGAACAUGCUAGUACAAGCACUUAUUACCACGGUGACCAGUGAUUUAAAUAUACCCGGAAAGGAUAUCAGGAUUUGGCCUUUCAUAACCCGACAAAAUGGCACCAUUCGGCCAAUAGGUCCACCUCUAGAUCCUCAAAUAACGAUGGGGAAUGCAAAGAAAAUGCAUUAUCCUAGACUUACCCGAGAAAUUCAGUUGUGGGUUGAGAGCGAUGGAUGUCUCUAUGGCAGUAGAGAUAACCCAAAUUCAUCCUUGGUUUUCUUAAAAUAUUUCGAUAUAAUAAAGCAAGAAAUCACCGGGUAUUGCCCCAUCUACAUCACCCCGGAUGACAAGCCUAAUGAUCUUUCACCUACGAUCUGCAAGGUUAUGGAGUGGGAGUCCAGUACUCCUAUUUCUUAUUUUGAGGAGAUCAAACCAACUCUUAUAGAGAAGAUGGAUGGAAAGAAGACUAUGAAACUCUUAGAGAUUGGUACCGGGGACAUCAUAUGUUUUCAACGGUCCCUAACUUCGACUGACAGACUGCCGGAGGGUACAGCGUACGACAACGCCCGUGACUUCUAUUCCUCUGGAUUAAUGGGGUGA